AUGACUCGUUUUGUGUGCUUCAGAAGCUGGACCCGAAGGUCUGUGAGGGGAGGGGAAGCAAGCGAAGACCACAGAGAUCGACUGUCCUCAUUAAUCCCCCUCAGGUAUUACUUGAUCCAUGACUGUGGAGACCGACAGCAUCUCCUUGGUGUACAUGAGGAGGCUUGCUUCUCCCUGACCAUUCCCUUCCACUCCGAGGACGCAGCUACAAGCAACUUGUGCAAGUACUUCAAGGAAAGCAGUGAUAUCAAGAAGCUCAAGGACCCCCACCUGCGGGUCCAGCUGCUGAAGCACAAAAAACGAGUCAUUGUGCACACCCUCUGUGUGUUGCCCAAGACUCAGCAUGACUUCAGCUCCUUCGUGAUGGACAUGUGGUUACAGACGGUGAAGACGAUGCUCUGCUUCUCUGUCAAUGGGGCGUUCACGGAAGGAAAUUCUCUGGGCUGUGUGCAUGCCUUCACCUGGACCUUCAUCGCUACCCCUGCCAGCUAUGCCAGUCUAUGCAUUGUGAAUGACGAACUGUUUGUGAGGUACUCCGGCCCAAGUGAGACUCAGAGUGCGUUCUCCAUCCCAAUGCCUACACCAUCCGCCCUCUCCCAGGGGCAGCAGGAUAUGGUGCAGGCUUUCUCCACCCUGUCUGGGAUGAAACUCGAGUGGUUUCAGAAGUGCAUACAGGACAACGAAUGGAGCUACACGAGAGCAGGUCGCAUCUUCAGUAUGCUCAAGGUGAAGUCUGGGAAUCAAAUCGAGGGCAAGAUACCAGAGGAGGCCUUCAAAGAAAUCCCCUAA